AUGAACAGACCCGUGUCCUUAUUGUGCGGACACAGUGGAUGCCAAGAAUGUAUACAUCAGCUUAUUUCAAAUCAAUCCGGAGGUGGACGGGAAAAGGCGUGUGCAGUAUGUCGGGAGCCAAUCAACGAACACAUGUUGAACAUCAGCAUACCCCUCAGUUCAGUCAUUUCCAAAUUGAAUGUGAAAUGCACAAACGUUGGCUGCUCGUGGGUCGGUGAGCAUGGUUCUAAGGAGAGACAUCAAGAGACCUGCUCAUUCCUCCUUCUGGAAUGCCCCAAUGGCUGUCCUGGAUCGCAUUUGCGAGAUUCACUUGAGCGUCACUUGGAGAUCUGCCCUCAAGAGAAAGUACCUUGCAAGUACUGCACUGCUGAGGUGGAGAGGUAUAUACUAGAUCAGCAUGAACCAACCUGUCAAGAAAAGCCCGGACCAUGUCCAUUAAAUUGUGGCCAUAAUUUGCCCAGGUCCCAUGUUCACCUUCAUUUGGACGAAUGUCCUAAAAGAAUGAUGAAAUGCAGCGUGGCCAGUUGUAACAAUUUCUACCAGUUAGGGAUGGAAAAUGCCCACAACGAACUUUAUCAAGGAAGCCACCAGGCGCUACUUAAGAGUCAAGUUGAAAGUCUUCAGCGCGCGAUUUAUGACAAGUCUCAAGUUGCCGUGAAAAGGGAGUUUUCUAAGCGAAAGUGCUACCGGUGGACAGUGCCGAAGUCGUCAAUCCGAAUUCCAAAGGAUAUUUCAAGUCCACUGUUUGGGUUUGAAAGUCACACAUUUCGGUGCCUGUGGAAGAGGACCUCUGGCCAAAAUAGGCUGUUUCUAAAUGCAGUGUUUGGCUCUUCGCCAAUCACAGUUCAAACAAGGAAUUGCUCCCAGUACCUGGAAUUGUUAUUGCGCAAGCAGAGGAAGGACAGGAAGUACUGGUGGCCAAAAGACAAGUGA